AUGUCGUCCUAUAAAUCUCGCAAGUCGGGUCCAACCCAGCGCACCAUUGCGAGCUUCUUCGGCGCAAAACCCGAAAAAGAAAGAGAACCGAUCUUACUAGAUACCCCAAAGAAGAAACCUGUGAACACUCCAGAGAGAUUGAUCAAUGCACAACAGCCGAAGAGCCGAAUUUCGCAGCCGCGCGGCGCUUUUGACGAGUUUGCAAGCUCAGAUACAUCGUUUGGAUCUCCAGAGGUCACCAACUUCCGGAACCCGCUUCUAGCACGGGUCCUGAGCAGUUUGGGACUGCCGGAAAUGAAGAAAACAACAGAAACACUAUUUGUAGCAGAUAUUUCAGAUGACGAGAAGGAAAACCAGUCUCUUACUCUAUCGUCAAAACCAUCAAUGAAGCGAGCAGCGUCGUCCAAUGUGUUCGAGCUUUUGGACGGCAAGCCUCGCAAGGUGGCCAAACGUGCGGCCGGAUCAUCUUUCACGCUUCUGACAUCUCCCUCGGUUCCUGCCUUUGCCGGCGCUAUCACUUUAAGUGAAGAACAGAAGACAAUUAUUGAUACUGUAGUGAAUAAGGGCGAAAAUUUGUUCUUCACGGGUUCUGCUGGUACCGGUAAGUCUGUUGUUCUUCGACAGUUGGUUCAGGAGUUGUUCCGCAAACACAGCCCUUUGUAUGUUGGUGUGACUGCUUCUACGGGUUUGGCAGCAUGCAACAUCAAAGGUCAAACAAUACACAAAUUCCUCAGCAUAGGCUUGGGUACCGGCAGCCCGCAAGACUUGGCGCUCAAGAUUAAAAGAAAUGGAGCAGCCAAGAAAAAAUGGAAAACCUUGAGGGUGCUUGUAGUAGAUGAGAUCCUGAUGAUAGACGGUAAGUUGUUCAGCAAGCUCGAUCAAGUGGCACAAAUAAUACGUGAGAAUCGGAAACCAUUUGGCGGUAUACAAAUUGUUUGCUCAGGUGACUUUUUCCAGCUCCCGCCGGUAUCCAAAGAAAAUGCUAGUCAAUACUGCUUUCAAAGUCCCUCAUGGUCCAAGACUAUGAAGCACACUAUUAUUCUCACAAAGGUGUUCCGUCAACAGGGCGAUAAUGAUCUCAUCGACAUGUUGAAUGCUCUUAGACAUGGCAGUCUUGAUCCACAUAUGAUAUCCAUGUUCCAGGGCUUGCUGCGCAAGGUGGAUUACUCGGAUGGAAUCGCGCCAACGGAGUUAUUCCCGACCAGACAAGAGGUCAAACGAGCAAAUGAAAUGCGUCUCCAUCAGUUACCUGGCAAAAUGUAUUCUUACAGGGCCAAUGACAGCGACAAAAACCCGGCGCUUCAACGUCUUUUUGAUAAUCUUAUGUGUGAGCAAAUUCUUGAUUUAAAAGUUGGCGCGCAGGUCAUGUAUUUGAAGAACACUGUUGAUUCUAACGUCGUCAAUGGAUCCAUUGGCACGGUCGUGAGUUUUAUUGCUGAGGACCUAUUUAUGAAGAUCUUUGCACAAUUUCACCCCUCAGAUUUCAUAAACGUCUCGCCUGCAUUCCUUGAGGUUCUCCGUCUCCUUAGUGGAUUGAUAGGAUGCGUCCAAUUCUCGCCAGAGCAACAAGAACUAUUCAAUAAUAUUCCAGAGCAAUGGAAGGAUAAAGUCAGCUAUCUUGCCAACGAUGCUUUCCGCACACCAGCAAAUAGCGAGCUUCUUCCUUUGGUCAAUUUCAAAACAAGCUCGGACUUCACUCUUAUCCUCGUGAAGCGCGAGGAGUUUUCUGUAGACCAAGGGCGCAUGCCUAACUUUCCGGGCUCCGCCAUGGUCGAUUCUCUCACGCGACAACAAUUACCCUUACUUCUUGCUUGGGCAAUGUCAAUUCAUAAGGCACAGGGCCAAUCCAUUGAUCGUCUACGGGUAGACCUCCGUCGUACAUUCGAAAAAGGACAAAUUUAUGUGGCGCUUUCGAGAGCAACAAAUAAGGAACAUUUAGAAGUUUUCAAUUUUGAUCACCGCCGAGUCACAGUCUCCAAUGAAGUUCGCGAGUUUUACAAGACUUUGACUUUUGCAGCCACUUAG